GGCCAAAACCAUGGUGUCUGAGGCUUUUGUCUGUCUCUCUCUUUCUCUCUCUCUCUUUCCAACUCUGAAAUAGAGGAAGCAGAGAGUUUAAUGUCCACCCACCGCUUCUGAACUCUCUCUCUCUCUCUGUGAAAGACUGAAUCUUGUAGUUGUCUCUAAAGCUUUGGUUGCGCGGAGGCUUAGGCCCAUUUGCUGUCUCACAUUUUCCCCUCUCUGCGCGUUUCGGUUGAGUGAGGCCCAGAACAGAGAACAGAGAAGAACGCCUUGAGGAUCAUUUUCUCUUCUUUUAUUUUUCUUUGUAAUUUCUUCAUCCUUUUCCUGUUUGUUUUUCUAGCCCUUUUCUGUUUCUCUCAGAUCUGUUUGCGACCUACCAUUUCUCUGUCCUAAUUAGUGUACCCUUCUGGUUGUUCUGUUACGACGGAAGAGAUGAGUAAAGAGGAGUUUUUGAAGAUCCAGACUUGUGUUCUGAAGGUGAACAUACACUGUGAUGGGUGUAAAAGCAAAGUGAAGAAAACGUUGCAGAAAAUUGAUGGGGUUUACAAAAUCCUUAUCGACUCAGAGAUGGGAAAGGUAACUGUAUCAGGAAAUGUAGACCCAGCCACCCUGAUCAAGAAGCUUGGAAAGAGUGGCAAACAUGCAGAGCUAUGGGGACCUCCAAAGGCCAACCAAGGCAACCAGAAUCAGCUCAAUGCCCAGUUCAAGAACCAGCAUAGUGACAAUGGCAAAAGUGGGAAUAAGGGCCAAAAGGGCGGUGGUAACCAGCAGAAGGCUGGUGCUGGAGGCGGCGGCGGACAACCCGGCCUGAAUCCCCAGCAGCUGCAGCUGCUGCAGAUGAAAGGGUUUCAAGACAUGAAGCUGCCCCAAUUGAAGGACCUGAAAAUGCCCUUCUCCAAGGACCAGAACCAGAAGGCUGUGAAGUUCAACUUGCCUGAGGAAGAUGAUAUGAGUUAUGAUGAAUUUGAUUGUUUUGAUGACGAGGAUUACGAUGACGACGAUGAGUUGGAUGAUGAAUUCGGUGGUGCCCUUAACCCUGCUCCCAACAAGAUGAAACCCAUCAUGGGAAACGGCCAAAUGCCUAACUUGAUGAUGCUGAACGGGCAGCAGCUUCCUCCUCAGUUUAUGAAUGCUCAGGCCAAGGGCGGCAACGGUGCUAACAACAAUGGAGGAAAUGCCAAGAAAGGUGGUGGCGGAAAUGUCCCUAUUCAGGUGAAUGAUGGGAAGAAUGACCAUGGCGGAAAGAAAGGCGGUGGCGGUGGCAAAAAUGGGGGUAAGAAUGGUGGUGGCAAUCCGGGAGAGGGUAAAAAUGGUAACAACAGUGGUGGGGCCCAGAGCAAGAAUGGGAACGGCGGCCAUGGAGGUGGUGGUGGCGGCAAUUGCAACAAUAAUGGCAAUGGGGGCAAGAAAGGGGGUGGGAUUAAUGAUGGUGUUCAAGGCUUGCCCAACAUGGGCAGCGGGUUCCAGGGCAUGGCUGGUGGUCACAUGGGCCAGAUAGGGGGCAUGCCCAUGGGCCCGAUGGGCCACCUCCCGAUGGGCCAGAUGAGCCACCUCCCAAUGGGCCAAAUGGGCCAAAUGCCAGCUGUCCAAGGCCUUCCUGCCGGCCCGUUGAACGCUGGCGGCGGCGGAGGAGGAGGUGUUGGUGGUUACUUAAACGGCGCCGGGCAGGAGGGCCUGGCGGGGAACUCGUACCAGCAGCAUUUGGCGGCGGCGAUGAUGAACCAGCAGAGGGCAAACGGGAACGAGAGGUUCCAGCCGAUGAUGUACGCCCGGCCACCGCCGGCCGUCAACUACAUGCCGCCGCCAUACCCGUAUCCCUACCCGUACCCACCUCCGCCCGACCACCCGUAUACCCAUGCCUUCAGCGACGAGAGCACCUCAAGCUGCAGUGUGAUGUGAAUUUGCUGAGUGUGGUUGUGGGUGGAGGUGGAGCUUUUUGCCGAGGGGUAUAGCUCUCACUUCAGUCAAGUUAUAGUGGAAGAAGAAGAAGAAGAAGUCGUCUUGACGCCAUAUAAAAAUUACAUGGAAAUGGGUUUUCGUCUCAGUUUCUUAGUUUUGCUUUCUCCCCUUUAAUUU